AACGUCACGUCGGAAUAACCGAAUAAGAUUAUUGAUUAGAAACUGCCCUAAAAUACAACAAAACGAGAGAAGCGAAGAGCGAAGACUGCUUUCACUGCAACUUCACGAACCAAACAUAAAGGAGCAACUGAAGGAACUGAUUUUCUGAAAUUUUGAUUAGCUCCAAUGGCGGCCUCUUCAAUUGAGGAAACCCUUGUAACCGAAGCAUUGGAAACUUCCGAAGAUCAUCUCCAAACAUCGAUGGACGCCCAAGACAAUACUGAUAACUUCCCACAGACUAAUGCGCUGCCGGCUGAAUCUUUACUGGAACAAUCUGAUUGCCAGUCCACUGAAGCUAGCGUUGCAGGGGAAAAGCGGAAGAGAACAGACACAGAUUCUGAUACUGCAAAUCCGAAGCCGGAUCCGUCUCUGAAUCCUCUUUGGAAAACCAGUUUAUGCUCUUACUUUAGGCGUCAUUCGGGGUCGUGUAGUCAUGGAAGUACGUGUCGCUACGCUCAUGGCGAGGAGGAGCUACGGAAACGCCCUGAUAACUCGUGGGAUCCAACGUCGGAGCGGGCUAAGAAGGUGAUGAAAGUGGAGGAGGAAGUUAAGGAAGAGGAGGUCAUGAUGACGGAGGCUGUUGUGGACGAUGACGAUGAGGACGGCAAUGACGGAAGGGAUAAUAGGCUUAGCAAAUGCUUAGUUCAUUUGCCGAGAAAAUGGACUUCUGAUCAUCUUCGGGACUACUUGAAGGAACAGGGUGUUCAUUUUCAAUCCGCAAAGAAGAAGAAAGGAAUGACCGUAGGUUUUGUUCAUUUUGAAAGUACAGAACAAUUGAAAAGUGCUGUUGAGGAGUUAGAUGGAAAAACCAUUGGCAACAAGAAUUUGAAGGUUGCAGACGUGAUUCCCAGAUCAUUUGAUAAGACAAUUCAAUCAUCGAGGGAUCGUGACAAUAUCUCUAAAUCUUCGGUUGCUGUCUCUGUAUCAUCAAAUGAUGGUGAAGAUGCUGAUAGCAUAAAUGGCGGGAAUUGUGUUCCUAAUGAUUCAGUUUCUAAGGUAAAAAGUGCCCGUGAAGUGGUGGCUCCCCUUGCUCACAUGUCAUACAGUGAUCAGUUGGAUCAUAAAAAGAAUUCAUUGACGCAGGUUCUCAAAAAACUUACUAGGAACGCCCGAAAAGCUUGUCCUACUGGCAUUUCUCUUCCGGAUUGGAUAUUAAAAUCAAGGGAUAUAGGUGGUCUUCCAUGCAAUUUUGAGGGUGUUCUUAAAUCACCAAUUAUAGAUGGAUACCGUAACAAGUGUGAAUUUUCAGUUGGAUACUCUUUGGAGGGCAAGCCAACUGUGGGGUUUAUGUUGGGAAAUUUCAGGGAAGGUGUAACAGCUGUUGAAGAACCUGAAAAUUGUCCCAAUGUUUCUCGACUUUCUUGCAAAUAUGCAUCAAUCUUUCAGGAAUUUCUGAAGCUUUCAAGCUUGCCCAUUUGGAAUAGAUUUAAGAAUAUUGGGUUUUGGCGUCAAUUGACGGUUCGAGAAGGACGAACUCCAAGGAAGUCGAUUGAUUCUGCAGAUUCUGAUUCAAAAAUCAGUGAGGUCAUGCUCAUCGUUCAGGUCUGCUCUGUAGGUGUUGAGUGUGAACUAAUGACCAAUGAAUUCAAGAGACUUGCUCAAGCUUUUGCUGAAGGAGCUGUUGCAAAUUCUCCAUCACUGCCACUAACUUCUUUAGUCAUUCAGCAUCACCAAGGAAUAUCAAAUGCAGCACCUGCUGAUACUCCAUUACAGCCACUAACCAUUCCAAAUGUCCAUGGCGCUGAACUGGAGGCUACCAAUGAUGUUGUAGAACCAAGAAUCCAUGAUUACAUUAGCAACCUUAAGUUCUGCAUAUCUCCAACGGCCUUUUUCCAGGUGAAUACACUUGCUGCUGAGAAGCUGUAUUCACUAGCUGGGGAUUGGGCUGGGUUAGGCCCUGACACCUUGCUUUUUGAUAUUUGCUGUGGAACUGGAACAAUUGGGCUGACGUUGGCUCAUCGUGUCGGUAUGGUUAUUGGUAUUGAAAUGAACGCUUCUGCGGUGUCUGAUGCUCAGAGGAAUGCUGAAAUCAAUGGGAUAAAUAACUGUAAAUUUAUUUGUGCGAAGGCGGAGGAUGUUGUGGGAUCUUUAUUGAAAGAGUACCUAAAUGUAACCGAGAAAGAAGGGGAAUUUUCAAGUGACACUAAUCCAAGUGAUGGAACUUCAAGUGCCUCCAAGAAAAGUGAGGAAAUUCCACGUGCCUCUGAAAAAAGUGAUGAAGUUCCUGCAACUGAGGAAAGAAAUGCCUUAACGGAUGGCAUCGAACAAGAUUCUGUGGCGGGGCGAAUGCCUGAAAAGAGUGCGAAUGCACUUGAGACUUCAGAGGUUGCUAGCCAAGAGAAAGGGAGCCAACUCAACGGCUGCAAAGCAGAAAAUGGGACUAGUUUGGCACAGCAGUUCAAAAAUGUCGUUGCUAUUGUAGAUCCUCCUCGUGGUGGACUUCAUCCCAUCGUGACAAAGGUCCUGAGAACCCAUACGCAUUUAAGGAGAUUAGUUUACAUUUCAUGCAACCCUGAAAGUUUGAUGGCUAAUGCCAUAGAGCUGUGUACACCGUCAUCUGAAAAAACUGAGAAAGGAAACAAGAACAACCGUGGGUGGAGAAAUAUGGGGAGUGCUGGUCUUGCUCGGCACAGAGUGAAGUCGAUGCCGAUGUCGGAGCCUUUUCGGCCUGUAAAAGCAAUGGCUGUAGAUCUUUUCCCUCAUACGCCCCACUGUGAGAUGGUGAUGCUGCUGGAGAGGUAGAUGAGCAAAUAUGCUGCCUGCGAGGUUUGCAUUGAAAGAUCUACACUAAUAUUUAUUAGAGGAUUCAGAUGGAUAACCCUUCGUUCAAAUAUGUAGGACGAUUUGAUAAAUUUUGGGACAUAUUCUAUCAGAAAAUUCACAGUUCUGUUA